AGAACAACGGGCUCACAAAAAAAAAAUCGCAAGAAUCUCGACCCUUUUCUUUAUUCCACAAUAAUGCACUACAGAUCGACCAGAGGCCAAGCCAAAAACUAUACCUUCGAGGAGGCUGUCAUGGCUGGACUCUCUCCCGAUGGUGGUCUCUUCAUUCCUCACACCAUUCCUACACUUCCUGCCAACUGGAAGUCAGACUGGGCCAACAAGUCUUUCCAAGAGCUCGCUUUGGCUAUUUUGUCCCUGUACAUCGAUGAGACUGAAAUUCCACAAGCUGAUCUCAAGUCUCUUAUUGACAAGUCAUACUCGACUUUCCGCGCCGACGAUGUCACUCCUUUGUUCAAGAUUCGCGAUGGAUUCUACAUUUUGGAACUGUUCCACGGUCCCACAUUUGCUUUCAAGGAUGUUGCUUUGCAAUUUGUUGGCAACUUGUUUGAGUACUUUUUGGAGCGAAGAAACAAGAAGGAGACUUCCGGAAAGGUUCACAGACUUACCGUUGUAGGAGCUACUUCUGGUGAUACCGGAAGUGCUGCCAUCUACGGUCUGCGCAACAAGAAGAAUGUGUCUGUGUUCAUCUUGCACCCACGUGGUCGUGUUAGCCCUAUUCAAGAGGCUCAAAUGACAACGGUCCUUGAUCCUAAUGUCCACAACUUGGCAGUUGAAGGCACUUUUGACGAUUGCCAGGAUAUUGUCAAGACUUUGUUCGGAAACACUGAAUUCAACAACCGUCACCAUCUUGGUGCUGUCAACUCCAUUAACUGGGCUCGUAUUUUGGCACAGACCACCUACUACGUCUACUCCUACUUUAAGCUUCUCAACACCCUCAACAUCAAUGCUGCAUCACCCGAGGCAGAGCAAGUCAAUGUUCACUACUCUGUUCCCACUGGUAACUUUGGUGAUAUCCUUGCCGGUUACUAUGCUCGCCGCAUGGGUCUUCCCAGCAGCAAGCUCAUCGUCGCCACCAACUCCAAUGACAUUCUGACUCGAUUCUUCGAGACCUCUGCCUAUGCAAAGCAAAGCGGUCCUGAUGGAUCCGUCAAGGCUACCUUGUCGCCUGCUAUGGACAUCUUGGUGUCAUCCAACUUUGAACGUUUGUUGUGGUAUUUGGCCCGCGAAACUGAGCGAGAUGAUGGUGAGACCAUGACUGGUGAAGAGACUCAACUUGAUGAGCGUUUGGCCGACCAUGCUGGACAAUGUGUUGCUGGGUGGAUGAAAGCUCUCAAGGAAACUGGAAGCUUCACUAUCAACAAGGAGGUUGUUCAUAAGGCUCGUGUUAUUUUCGACUCUGCCCGAGUCAGCGACGAAGAUACCCUGCAAACUAUUACUGCAUAUCACCGACCGGCUGAGUCUGAACAAGUCCCUUAUAUCCUUGACCCUCACACUGCUGUUGGUGUUAAGGCUGCUGAAGAAGUCGCUGCUCGACACAACUUCUCCUUGUACCCUAAAGGAAAGGAUAUCAUUGUCUCAUUAGCCACCGCCCAUCCCGCCAAGUUCUCCGAGUCUGUCGAAACCGCUCUUAAGAACUCACCUGGCUUUGAUUUCAACAAGGAUGUUCUUCCUACUGAAUUCCAUGGUCUUUUGGACAAGGAAAAGAGAAUCGUCGUUGUUGAUAAGGCUGAGCCCGAGCUUGUUAUUGCUGCCAUAGAAAAGGAAUUGAAGGCCGAAGGUAUUGAAUUUUAGACUAAAAAGAAACCCCCCGUUGCAUAGAGCAAACCACCUACUCUCCCACCCAUCCUAUUCGUACCAAAACACCAUCUGAAAGAUAAAAUAAAAAACAUGUACAUGUCGUUUACUCCUGCACAUC